AUGGCAUCCCUCAGGUCAGUAAAAGCCGAUCAUUGGAGGAUCCGUAGUAUCAUUACAGAUCUUGCAACUGAAGACCCCCCAUCAUUCCCUUCCAUGGAUUUGCUACGACUACUAUUUUGGAAUUGUUGCGGAGCCGGUAAUAACUCAUUUAAGCGUAAUCUUGUGGAGAUCAUCCAAGCUCACAAACCAGAGAUCAUUGUUCUUAUGGAAACUAAAAUUGCUUAUAGUAAAAUGAGCAACUUCUUCACUAGGCUUGGCACUGCCUCGUCUAUAGUUAAUCCUGUGGAUAGAGUAGGUGGCAUCUGGGUAAUCUGGGAUACCAACCAUGUCAAUGUUCUAGCUUCUAUGGUUAGCCCACAAGCUAUCCACACAACGAUUCAUAAAGAGAAUUAUGAAGAUUGGGUCAUAGCUGCUGUCUAUGCCAGCCCCGACCCAGUACUUUGUAACCAAUUAUGGAAAGAUUUGGAGGAUAAAGCUGAAACCAUGGAUAAGCCUUGGCUGGUUGCUUGGGAUUUUAACGACUAUGCCAGCCUUAAUGAAAUAAGAAGCUUCUCACCAUCACAUAAUAUUGGCAGGACCCAAAAAUUCUUUGAUCGAGUAAACAGCUGCAACCUUAUUGACCUAGGAAGCUCUGGGCCUCGUAUGACUUGCACUAAUAAUAGACAAGGAUUGACCAACACCAUGGAAAGACUCGACAGGGCAGUGUGCAAUGCGGAAUGGAGAACCAUGUUCCCUGAAGCUACUCUCGCCGGAAACAGAGAAACGUCAGGGGAUUUUCCAGUGAAGAUGAAACGGAGAGGCGGGAACAGCUCAAAGCUCGGUGGUAAUGGCAAAGAGGAGAGAGCUGCCGAGUUGACUCGGGCCAAAACAUGA